AUGGGUAACUGUUUUGGUAAAAACAAACGUGUUUGGGUCUUAAUGAUCGGUCUUGACGCUGCUGGAAAAACGACUAUAUUGUACCAUCUCAAAUAUUACAAAUAUGUUGAUACAAUACCAACUAUGGGAUUUAAUGUUGAGGAUGUCCAAUACAAAAGAAUUGUUUUUAAUGUAUGGGAUAUAAACGGAGGCUCAUGUAUAAGACCAAUGACACGCCAAUAUUAUAGUAGAACACAAGCUAUAAUAUAUUUGAUAGACACGAACGACCAGGAACGCAUUAAUGAGGCAAAGGAAUUUGUUCAUCAAUUUUGUAAUGAUGAAGAACUUAUUAAUGUACCGAUUCUCUUCUAUUUAAAUAAAACCGAUUUACCAAAUGCUUUGACUAAACAAGAAAUCAUUGAUAAAAUGGAACUUCAAUCAAUAGUAGGACACGAAUGGAUGUGCCAAGAAUGCUGUGGUAUCACUGGGGAUGGCUCGUUUGAAGGACUUGGUUGGUUAUAUUCAAAAUUUAUUUAA